AGAACGCGCGCGCGCGCUCUUCUUUUUUUAUACGAAUCGCUCGCGGGACUUUUAUCUCCGCUGCUGCGGCUCUGCACUCAUCGUGACAGGCCGAGGGUAAACUUCGCUUGUCUGAUCCUCCGUACGAAGACGUACGCCUCGCAUGUCUCACCCCCUUCCCUCCUCUUAACAUGAUAUCAUCACAUGAUAUCACAUGUAUAUUCGUACGAUAUCAUGAUAUAUUGUACGAAUAUUAUGAAUAUUAUAGGAUGUUCGUGUGAUAUCUUGUGCUGUUAGGGCCGGGAAAGUCGCAACUUUCCACGCGCGGCCGCGAAUCUGUUGGACUCCUCGACACGGUCGUUAACUCCGGCGACAAACAACUCCUCUAUUCCAAAUUAAUCAAGUUUCACGCAGACUUUCCUCGCAGAUAUGUGGAAAAGGAUGUUUUGCUCGACGUCUCCCUCGAUUUUCUUUUCUACGAUCGUGUCUAUUUUAUUUGAAAUCUGCCGCUUGUGGAAAGUUACGCGGGCAUCAUCACCGACACGCGAAAUAGGACGAUGAGAGACUCGCGAUAUUCUACGCAAUAUUCUUGCAGGGUCAAGGAGCGGAGCAAAUGCGUUUCUAUGUCUUUGAAAUAUAACUGAAUUAAUAGCGGCCACGCGAACACGAUAUACGAAUAAAAUAUCAUAUUGCGUGUGGAAAAUUAAAAAUUACCAAUUGGAGAAUUCACCCCAUUGCGGCAAACCGGAUCAAGACUAUGUAUUUGAUUGAUCGAAUCUAAUCUUCAACUCGUAAUUCUCAAUCUUUAAUGCGUAGUUUGAUGCGGACCAUAAACUGCCUUACGAAAAGCGGAAAUUACGACGCGAUUGGUACGUGCGCCUUCCAAUUUGUAACGCAAAUGUGUAAAGCGCGAUUUAUAGAGAGUGACGUGUAUAAUUAUGUAUAUCGUUGUUACGCCACAAUGCAAUUUCCGCGAUAGGAGAAGGAGUCCGCGACCGAGCCGAGGCACUGCACUAACGUGAUCGUUAGUUUGCGCACGUCGGGCGACCUCGAGAUAACAUCGCGAUGAACCGACUGACAUUGUCGCUAUUUGCGCGUAUAGGUAACGAAUGCUUUUACACGCGAAGACGAUUUUGUAUCAACUGAAAUAAGAGCACUGGUUUGAAAGAGAGUUUGCUAUAUAUAUUAUAUGUAUUAUUAUUCUCAAUUACAAUUAUUAUUUUUAAUUCCAUAAACAUUGCAAGAGCUCGACUUUUACGCAUGUACGUUAAACAUCUGUCUUCUACCAAUAAAUAAUAUAUCACAUACAUAUACAUAUACGUGUCACGUUAUAUUUUUUAUUUAUAUGAUAUUACAUAUACUAUGUAUGGUGUAUGUUUUAUUUAUGGAAGAUAUUAUCUGUCUAGAAUGCGUAAAAUUAGAGCAGCUCUUGCAAUGUUUAUUCUGGGAUCGAGAAUUAUAAUUGCGAUAAUUAGAUUUAAUUUCGCCAAUUUAUUCUCAAUUAUAAUUGAUCAAGAAUUAUGAAAGAAAGCAUUACAAUUUUGCAAAAUAAUUACGAAAGAAAAUAUACAUUAGUAACAACAGUAUUUAAAAAAAAUAUGAGUUUAAACAAUCUUUUAUAGCUUGCUUUUUAUAAAUAUAGAGAUGUAUACCAUUUAAAAAAUAAGAAGAAUAUUAUUUUAGGAGAAUAUUUUCGAGAAAGAUUAAAAUAGAGAAUUGAGAAUCGUGAUUAAUAUUAAUCGACAUGGAUUAUCUUGUUUAAAAGAAUCAAAAUUGCGAUUAUAAUUAACAGCACGGUAAACUAUCCUGUGCAAGACGAUCUUACAAUGCAGAAACGUUAAACCAGUUGCAGACUUUCAGGCUGUGUUUUACCUUUACUGUACAAAUGUGUCAAGAAUACGCUUUGCUAUUCUUUAUUUUCUGCUUAUUUCCUUACCAGUAAAUAAAAUUUUUUUAUUUUUAAUUUUAAGUAUUUAGUCCAAAUUUAAAAAUCUUCAAAAUUUUAAUUUAAUAUUCAGUUCUCAUUACGCGAUUAAAAUAAAGAAAACGAAACAUCGGAAUUUUACACGAACCAUCGAUGGCAGGCGUGCAGUUGUUCUGUCUACUUAACCUGUCAGGUUAAGUAGACUACUUUUAUUAUAAAAAAUAUCUGUUAAAUUAAAAAAAAUUAAAGUUGAAAAGUCGAGAAUGACUUUAAAAUUGAAGAAAGUCAACUUAAUUUUGGAGUUUUGGCUACGCGAUGUUAACACGCUUUGUGUCUCUUGAGCUGCAAAUAUUAUUCAUAAAUUUCUUCGGCUUGGUAAAUAUUUAACAGUGUGCCUAAUUUGUGACAGUAGCUUGUAGAAUUUUAAUAAAAGUUUAAAUUCUUUUAUAUAAUUCUAGGAUCACACAUUUUAAAGGUUAAUUUCCAUGAAUAUACAUUUCAAUUACACAUGUGUAGUUAUUAUGUCGAUUUUACACGUUUACAUAUCGAUUAUCCAAAUUAUUUAAAUUACUACUUCAUAAUUAUGAUAUAAACACAAUUAUUGAUUUCGUAAUUGAUUAAAUAGGAAAUAAAGCUUAUGUGAAAUAUAAGUAAUUAAAGAUUUUUGACAUUUACAUUUGCUUCAUUCAAAUUAAAUGCAUUGCAUCACUUUAUCAAGGUUAGCAGCAUUUUCAACUGGAGCUGGUUCAAGUGGGAUCGCCAGUUGGAGAAGAUCUCGAACUUCUCAGUUUCGCAAUUCGACGAAUUAGAAGUGGAGGAUAUCGACGGGCUUAAGACAAUUCUAUCGUGGAUUGAAGUGGCUCGGCUUGUCAUCGAUCGCGUCUCGUUUUUUGCGUAUGCGGCUAAUAUCUACACGAUAUUCAUACGAAGCCGGCAAAAUUUGCUCGUACUUUGGAUGGUGCUCAGUUUUCUUAGAGAUAUCGUUUUGGAAGUCGUCGUGAUUGUCAUUGCUUUCUUGCAGUGGUACAAAGGAUUUACCUCAACGUGGCGCCUUUUUAAGUUUUUUGGAAACAAAACGAUAAAUCUAGUUAUCUCGAUCUGUACAUGGUGCCCAACCCUCAAGUGGUACAUGCAGCUUCGAAGCGCAGCGAAAUUCCGCAGAUUCACGAUAAUCGCGCGGAGAAGUAUCGCGAGUAUCGUUAAUGUUCCCGGUAGAGUCGGCCGUUCUUUGGACGAUGAGUGUCUCGGUAUAGCGAUAAUCAGACGGGGCAAAUACGCGAGCGUGUCGAAUCUAGACAGGUUCUCUGUAGAAUCGUCCAGCAGAGCGAACAGCAAAUCCUUGACUCUGAUCACGGACGAUACGAGCGAUGCUUACAAUUUCGAUUACAAUUCCGACUUGAGCGUGGCCGAAAAAUCGAUGAGGCUGCUAAACGUAACAGCGGAGGAUGUGAUGGACGCGCGUGCCAGAAUACAAGAGCGAGCGUACUGGGACGAGCGAGAUGUAAUUGCGGAGACACCUAAAGUGAUAGAAAAAGUGGCACAGUUCCCUCUGGAAAAUAACGAAAAAAGAACGAUCGAUGCGUCAAGAAAUAAACCGGCGAAAGAGGGCUUAGAAAAAACUGUGGUUUUGAAGAAAAAAGACAUUACGGGAAAUCCUACGAUGAAGGAAGAAGCUAAAGAAGACGAAGAAAAAGGGAAAGACAAAAUUGUUUUGAUCAACGGGAAAGAACAGGUUUUGACUGGAAACCAGGAAAACGUUUCAUUGGUAAAAAGUGAAAAAGUAAUUUUCGACAAAGUGAAUGGCGCGAAAUCAACAGACUCUUGUGACAUUUUUGUGGCACCGAAGAAUAAAAGAAAAAAGGAAGGGAAAGGGGUCGCAAAGAUUGUGCAGUGUCCCUCGUUCGAGAGCAAGAGUGCAAGAGACAUGGAGGCUAAGCCCUGUGCCUCCCUAGUGAAAAAAUUAGAAGCGAAACCCUAUCUCGUUUCAGGAAACCAGCAGGAAAAACGGGACAACCUAGUUGGUCGCAGAAAGCAUCCUUCUUAUCAAAUCGACACACAGUUAAUGCCAACUUCGGACGAAAGUAAAAAGGAACGUUACAAAAAUUCGACUAUGUGCGCGUGUCGUCGUGCCUUGCGGAACAGUUCGAAAAACGGGAGACACGCGCGAUCAAUCGACGUCGACGGUAAGAACGUUGAGUACGAUAUUAGCGGGAAAGAAUUUAGGUCAUUUACACCUGUCGUUAAUAUGCAGCAAAGCAGAGUUGACAAGUCCGCGUUCAGAUAUUCAGAAGCGUACCGUUUGAAGAAGCGAAUUCAGAAAUGGGAGGAGUCUCGUAAGAAGCAAUCUUGGGGAAGCGAGUCUUUAGCCCAAACUGCACGACCCUCGGGAUACGAGAGGAACGUCAUCGAUGCGUCUGAUAAAUUGUCCAUUGGAAAUUCUUAUCGAAAGAGCGUUCAGAUUGGUGCCUGUGACGAGUCGACGAAGAUGAGCGAUUCUUUGAGCGAGCGGUAUAGGUUGACACGCGAGCAAAUGCGAAAUAAACGGUCGGGCGAUUUGCGUUCCGUUUACAACAUGGUAUCGCGUAGAGAAGAGAAUUACCCGAAGGCGCGCGAAACCGAAUUGAAGGCUUUAGAAACCCAUAAUAAUUUUUUAUUGAAAAAUAAAAGAGAGACGAAAGCGAGAAACAGGCACGAUCUGUUGCCGGCGAAUCGCAAACUGUCGAUCGAGCAACGCGAUGCGAUACAGCUGAGAGCUUUAAGGGCUUGUAACGAGCUCACUUUGUCGGAGGAUAAGAGAGAGUUGGAAGCGCGAAGGGACUCGCCACUGAAUUACGGACGAUCAACGAAGGAAUCUGAAGAGAUGAAAGUUUUAAAAACUUAUAAUGAUCCAAUUUUGCCAGAAGAUAGAACAAAAAUAGAGAGAAAGAGGGGACGUAAUUUGUCGCCAAGUUCUCAGCAAUCCGUUAAUGAACGAAGCGAGUCGAGAGUACAUAACAAAGUUGCACAGUCGGAAAGCGAGAGAGAGUUGCAGACUAGGAGAAAACGUGAUUCAUUGAGAGAUGAAGCACCGGAAUGCGAAGAUGUCGAGACUCCGGCAAGCGUCUCUAAUCGUCUUUCAAUAGGUAGCUACGAGGAUACCGCGAUCUCCACGAGUCAGAACGCGAACAGCAAUUCUGGUUUAAACGAUCGUUACGCAAGACAGGCGCACAUGUCGCUGAAUCUCAGGGAGAUCACGAGAAACAUUGAAUGGAUCGCUCAUCCGCGAGGCGUUAUACUCGCCAACAAGAAUCUGCACGGCCAAUUCUUGGAGAACGGGAGAUUUCGCGAAAGCCAGCAGCGAGACAUCAUCGACGACAACACUGUCAGCAUGUUGCACAGCGCUUUCUUCUUCAAGCCCGAGAUCGUAACACGGAUCUUCGGGCGCGCUCACGAUCAGACGAGGAUCGACGAGUUCUUCCCGAGUUUUCCAAUCUUGCGACGGGAGGAAUUCGACACGGAGUUCAACUGUCGAAUGAACAACGAGAUGAUCAUAUACAAUCGGGAUUCGCUGUUCGACUACGAUGUCGAGCGAAGGAUGAGAAAUGAUCAAAACUACCUUGGAGAUUCAAUGCUUCCCAAUGCCAAUGACAAUCGCGGUAACAACCUGUAUGUAAUAUUCAUCGAUCAGGAACGGGUACUGAGCGAAUCGGAAACUGCGACGGUAAAUUCGACAACUACCGAGUCCUGGGAAGACGCACGUUUGAGUAUCGAAGGUACUCGUACGACGAAUAUUUUGGUAGCCGACGAAAACGUUCACAAUCGCGUGGACAGUGUGACUAACAAUAAUUUGCCAGUUCGAUUGUUCGUCGGUAUAAGAAACUUUGAUAUCGAGAUGUCGGAGGAAAGUAUACGCGAUGUUGCGUUGCCGAUCGAAUACGUGAGUAACGUGAAUGAACAUCACGGUCCUCAGCAUCGAGAGUUUAAUACGGACGCUGUAAAUUCCGAGAAAGAAAACAAUAGCGAAAGUGAAAGAAUUUCUUUACACAAAAAUGCGGAUGAUGAUGAGACAGUCCACGAAAUCGAGCGAAUUUUGAAUUCAAGCGAUAAUUGUGCGGCUAAUGUAAACGUUACGUCGUAUGUUGAUUCAUUAGAAAAAUUAGAUAAGUCGAGAGAUAAAAAAUAUUUAAGCAAUAUUUGUUCUGAAAACGAGAUAUUUGAGAAUAAUUUACUUCACAAAAGCACUGAUGACGAUACGACGUUACAAUUAUUGGAUAAUAAUAACAGUAAACAGCUUGACACGUUCAAUAAUAAAACUGAGGAAAGUAUGUUUAAUCAAGUUUUUAAGAAAUCUUCGAAAUUAUCUUUACCCGGUCCUUCGUCGUUGCAUGAAUUAGAUAAUUACCACGCAUUAAGAUCGUGUGAUGAAAAAUUGCAAAAAUUAACCCAACUCUCUGACAGCGCAGCUACGUUGAAUGAUCAUAAGCAAUCAGUAUCGAAUGUAAAAGCUACGAAUCAUGAUACACUUUCACAACUCGGAACUUUAAAAUUAGAGAACAUGGUGCAAGACGGCGCAAGAAGCGGAAUUAACGUUUACGAAGAGGCAAAUGAGUUGUUGGCAGAAAAAUUUUUCAAAAUGCAUUCCGAUGAUGAGCUCCAGCAAGACGAUAGUUUUUACUUCACGUAUAAGAGAAACGAUGAUCCAGGAACACCGGUGUCGAUGGGAAACGGCAGUCUAAUGGAGGAAUUUUUAAACGAUCCCAUACCGCCUUUAAACACUUCUUAAACGAGAGCUUACGCAUAUUCUCGGUAACAAAAACUACGCGUGUUGUCAGCUUAUCACAGAGAUGUUUAGUCUCUAAAAAUAAUAUUUAACGUAAACAUUGUUUAAAGUAAAUCGUCUGUUUAAAAAUUAAUUUGUACAUAAUAUGAACAAGAAAAUCAAGAUGUCUUAAAAUUACUUGAUUAAUUAUGAAUUUCCAUUAUUAAAUUACACAACACGUGUUUUGCAAUUUAUAAAUUAAUCGCAAAGAAAUAUUACGAUGCAAAGUCUGAAUUGCCAAUUUUAUGGUUACGAAACAAUCGUCUCAUCAUAGAAAAAAUAUUGUAUAUUUCCAAUAAUUUCUCCGAUUAGCAAAUACUGAUGACAUUUGCAGUUGAUUGAUGGAGCUUGC